AUGAGUGACCAAGAAACAUCCGAGGCAACCACCAAAGUAGACCUCAAGGAGGAGGAGAAGGUUUCUCAGGAGACGCCAGAGCCGGCACCGGCUGCUGAGAAGGCUGAAGGUGCGUCUUCUGAGGCUGCCCCACCGCCAAUGCCUAAAAGGCCGGUAUCUGCAGCCGAACGGGCGAUCCAAGAUCUCAAGGAGGCGUUUCCAACCGUGGAGGAAAAGUACGUGAAAAUGGCCCUCAUUGCGUCGCAGGGCCAGUUGGAUCCUGCCUUCAAUGCGCUGCUGUUUUUGUCGGACCCUUCGUCGGACAUUGCAGUGCCUGUUGUGGAGGCCAAGCCAAAGUUGCCAUCGAAGGACACGUUUGAGAAACGGCGGCAGUUGGAGUCGGACGAGGCGCUGGCGCGUCGGCUGGCCCGCGAAUACGAGAAACGCGGCUCUCGCUCCAAAGCCCCGCCUCCAAAGCCUAAGAAGAAGCCUGUCUGGGCUGCGAUCGAGGACGAGUCUGACUCCGAGGAGGACUUUGUCGAGUCGCUGGCGAAAAACGUGGAGGGGGCCAAGAACGCCGUUGGCGGCUGGAUGAGCAACCUGGCCAAGAAACUCCAGACAACAGAGGGCGGCACUGCGCAGCAGGGCCAGGGCGAGAACCAGCUGUUCAACGCGUUUGGCAGGAAAUCCAGCAUGCAGUCCAACAGAAGCCGCGAGGACAGUCAGACCCCGCCUCCGCCUCCUGUGAGACCGCCACGGCCGCAGAAAACGAGCUUUGGGGCUGAGUCGCGCAAGAGCAAGGAGCUGGAGGAGCAAGUCGAAGGAAUAAAGCUUGAGGACGCUACAACGGAUACGAAACAGAAACACGAGCCGAUCUCGGUGAUCCAGCCGGAACCGGUUGUGGACGAUACGUUUGCUGUGGACGACAGCGACGAGGAGGAGGACAAGAAAGAGUAG